UAUUGAAAAGGUGCAAUGCUGUCUUACAAGGUUUGUUACCAUGUUUAUUUUGUUUUACUACCCAGAGGAGACCGCGGCAGAGGCCGGGGGCGGGGCUUUGGUGGCCGCGGAGGACUGAUCCAGGGAUACCGCCCGUUUGUACCGCCACACAUUCCAUUUGAUUUUUAUGUGUGUGAGAAGGCAUUCCCCAGAGUAAAGCCGAUGCCUGAUGAGACGGCUUUCACUGAAUGUCUGCUGAAGAGAAACCAGGACCUCAGCCCCACACCAGCAGAGCAGUCCUCCAUCUUGUCUUUAGUCACAAAGAUUAAUAACAUCAUUGACAACCUGAUUGUUGCUCCUGGGAACUUUGAAGUGCAAAUUGAAGAGGUCCGUCAGGUCGGUUCAUACAAGAAGGGCACCAUGACAACAGGACAUAAUGUCGCAGACCUAGUUGUCAUCCUGAACAUCCUUCCCACAUUGGAGGCAGUAGCUGCUCUUGGGAACAAAGUUGUUGAGACCCUUCGCACUCAGUACCCCACAGAAGUGCUUUCCAUGCUGACCAAUGAGACUGGUUUUGAGAUAAGUUCUGCUGAUGCUACUGUUAAGAUUCUCAUCACCACCAUCCUGCCCAAUCUGCACAAGCUGGAACCAAAACUGCACCUGGACAUCAAGGUGCUGCAGAGCGCCCUGGCUGCCAUCCGCCACGCCCGCUGGUUUGAGGAGAAUGCCUCUCAGUCAACAGUGAAAGUACUGAUCCGUCUCCUGAAAGACCUUAGGGCACGUUUCCCUGGUUUUGAACCUCUAACCCCGUGGAUCCUUGACCUGCUCGGCCAUUCUGCUGUGAUGAACAACCCUUCCAGGCAGCCCCUGUCCCUGAAUGUGGCCUACAGGCGUUGCCUUAAGAUGCUAGCUGCCGGUCUCUUCCUUCCUGGCUCUGUGGGAAUUACUGACCCCUGUGAAAGUGAAAACGUCAGGGUACACACAGUCAUGACUUCAAAACAACAGGACAUGGUGUGUUCCACAGCACAGACAUUAGUGAGGGUGCUUUCCCACGGAGGUUACAGAAAGAUCCUUGGCCUGGAGGGAGAUGCCAGCUACUUGGCUACAGAGAUGUCUACAUGGGACGGUGUGAUUGUCACUCCAUCAGAGAAGGCGUACAGGGAACCCCCAGAAAGAAAAGAGGAGGAAGACGAAGGAGAGGCAUCAGAUGACAUCGAGGGCCCAGACUUUGUCCCGUCUAUCUUUCCAUACUCAAUCCAGCCCGGCAAAGACGGUGUUGCAAAACUGGAGCGAAGGUAUGGUCCCAAAGACUGUCCAUGAUGACCUCCAGCUGAA